CCACAUUUUAGCCCCGCCUAGCAAGGAUUGGACUUGAACUUCGCUGUAGUCCCAGCUGAAAAAAGGAUCCCGACUGAAAGCUAGAGGCAAAAAGGAGCCAGAAGCAUCUCAUGUAACUCUGGGAACAGGAGAAGGGACGGAGGCACACCUGGGAUUCUCUGCUUGACCAAGUCUGCGUCUCCUCUGCCUUUUGGGAACGAGACAAAGGUUUUAAAGAAGCUAGAGUGCCGAGAAGACCUUUGAAGUGUGAAGAGAUUUCCUGUAAUUGAAACCAAAAUGUCAUUUAUAGAUCCGUAUCAGCACAUCAUAGUGGAGCACCAGUAUUCCCACAAAUUCACGGUGGUCGUGUUACGUGCCACCAAAGUGACCAAGGGGGCCUUCGGUGACAUGCUUGACACUCCAGAUCCGUAUGUGGAACUUUUCAUCUCCUCCACCCCUGACAGCAGGAAGAGAACAAGACACUUCAAUAAUGAUAUAAACCCUGUGUGGAAUGAGACCUUCGAGUUUAUUUUGGAUCCUAACCAGGAAAAUGUUUUGGAGGUCACACUAAUGGAUGCCAAUUAUGUCAUGGAUGAAACUUUAGGGACAGCAACAUUCCCCAUUUCCUCUAUGAAAGUGGGAGAGAAGAAAGAGGUUCCUUUUAUUUUCAACCAAGUCACUGAAAUGUUUGUGGAAAUGUCUCUUGAAGUUUGUUCGUCCCCAGACCUCCGAUUCAGUAUGGCUCUGUGUGAUCAGGAGAAAACUUUCAGACAACAGAGAAAAGAAAACAUAAAGGAAAACAUGAAGAAACUCCUGGGUCCAGAGAAUAGUGAAGGUUUAUAUUCUACACGCGAUGUGCCUGUGGUCGCCAUAUUGGGAUCAGGUGGAGGCUUCCGAGCCAUGGUCGGAUUCUCAGGUGUGAUCAAGGCCCUGUAUGAAGCGGGAAUUUUAGAUUGUGCUACCUACAUUGCUGGUCUUUCUGGCUCCACAUGGUACAUGUCAACGCUAUAUUCUCACCCUGAUUUUCCACAGAAAGGGCCAGAGGAGAUUAAUGAAGAGCUAAUGAAAAACGUUAGCCACAACCCCCUUUUACUUCUCACACCACAGAAAGUUAAAAGAUACAUUGAGUCUCUAUGGAAGAAGAAAAGCUCUGGACAGCCUGUCACAUUUACCGAUAUCUUCGGGAUGUUAAUAGGAGAAACACUAAUUCACAAUAGAAUGAACACUACCUUGAGUAGCUUGAAGGAAAAAGUCAAUUCUGGUCAAUGCCCUUUACCUCUCUUCACCUGUCUCCAUGUCAAACCUGAUGUUUCAGAGCUAAUGUUUGCAGAUUGGGUUGAAUUUAGCCCGUAUGAGAUUGGUAUGGCUAAAUACGGUACUUUUAUGGCUCCUGACUUAUUUGGAAGCAAAUUUUUUAUGGGAACAGUUGUGAAGAAAUAUGAAGAAAACCCCUUGCAUUUCCUAAUGGGUGUCUGGGGCAGUGCCUUUUCUAUAUUGUUCAACAGAGUCUUGGGAGUUUCUGGCUCACAAAAUAAAGGUUCCACAAUGGAGGAAGAAUUAGAAAAUAUUACAGCAGAGCAUAUUGUGAGUAAUGACAGCUCAGAUAGUGACGAUGAAUCACAAGAACCCAAAGGCACUGAAAAUGAAGAUGCUAAAAGGGAGUACCACAAUGAUAAUCAAGCAAGUUGGGUCCAUCGUAUGAUAAUGGCUUUGGUGAGUGAUUCAACUUUAUUCAACACCAGAGAAGGACGUGCUGGGAAAGUGCACAACUUCAUGUUGGGCUUGAAUCUCAAUACAUCCUAUCCAAUGUCUCCUCUGAAAGACUUCAUGACACAGGAAUCCUUGGACGAAGAUGAAUUGGAUACAGCUGUAGCAGAUCCUGAUGAAUUUGAGCAAAUAUAUGAGCCUCUGGAUGUCAAAAGUAAAAAGAUUCAUGUCGUGGACAGUGGCCUCACGUUUAAUCUGCCAUACCCCUUGAUCCUGAGACCUCAGAGGGGAGUUGAUCUUAUUAUCUCCUUCGACUUUUCUGCACGACCAAGUGACUCUAGUCCUCCGUUCAAGGAACUUCUGCUUGCAGAAAAGUGGGCCAGAAUGAACAAGCUCCCCUUUCCAAAGAUUGAUCCUCAAGUGUUUGAUCGAGAAGGUCUGAAAGAAUGCUAUGUCUUUAAACCCAAGAAUCCUGAUAUGGAGAAAGAUUGCCCAACUAUCAUCCACUUUGUUCUGGCCAACAUCAACUUCAGAAAGUACAAGGCUCCAGGUGUUCCAAGAGAAACCAAAGAAGAGAAAGAGAUAGCGGAUUUUGAUAUUUUUGAUGACCCUGAAUCACCAUUUUCGACCUUCAACUUUCAAUAUCCAAAUCAAGCAUUCAAAAGGCUACAUGAUCUCAUGCACUUCAAUACCCUGAACAACAUUGAUGUGAUAAAGAACGCCAUAGUUGAAAGCAUUGAAUACAGAAGACAGAAUCCGUCUCGCUGCUCUGUUUCCCUUAGUAAUGUGGAAGCAAGACGAUUCUUCAACAAAGAGUUUCUAAACAAACCUGCAGCAUAGUUGGUGCAGUGGGAAGUGCAGCAAUUUCUGAUGCUAAGGUGGUUUGAAUUUCCAUUACAACUGGAUUUAAAAGCAUAGUACAGAUCACAAGAGACUGGCUGGUACUCAAAGUGCAGUUAUUUAGCUGUAUGAGAAUAAUAUUUUUACAAAUUUGUUAGGUUGAGAGAUGAUGUGAUUAUGUAAAAAUAUACUCAGCUAUGUUUUCUGUCGGUAUAGAUUUCCUGAUGCAAAUGUAGGGACAUAUACUGUAAUUUUAGAUAUUCCUCACCAACUAAAUAUUUUAAAAAAAUAUAUUUUCCUUUUAGAAUAUUUAACAGUUCAGUCUCAAUAAGUACGACUUUGCAUUGUGUAAAAAUGUUAUUCACUGACUGGAUUUAUUCAACCCAUGAGACAACACUAUUUUUUAUUUAUAUACACCUAUAUACAUAUAUGAAAUAAAUAUAUCCAUAUGCAAUUAGCAUGA